GCUCCCCAAGUCUCAUCAUGGCCGCCGCUCGCACCGUGCGCCUCGCGUCUCAAUAACCGUGUUCAAAGUGUCCAAAAUAAUGUUAUAGUGCACAAAAGUGUCUGUUGUUUCGUGUCGAAGUGCCGUUUAGUUCUUUGCAUGAUUGACCGGCAUGGCGGGGACGGCCGGGACUCGCCGGCCAGCACCGAGCAGCUAACGAAAUGCGAAAAAGGCGCCGGCACACCCGACUGCGUGGCGGCGGGCAGCAGGCUGCGCGGGAGCAUGGGCUCGCGGCCGCCCGCUCGCUUCUGGCCGCAGCUCUGGGCCACCACCGUGCGCAACCUGCUGCUCAAGAAGAGGGACACGAGAAAGACCUUGGCUGAGGUGCUAGUGCCGCUAUACUCAUUGGGCGUCUUAAUAUUCCUGAAGAUGCUGGUACCGAACCCCAACUUCCCUGAAGUCAUUAAGCCUGGCCGAACGGUGCGCGUGCACUAUGACGCCUUCCCAGCAAACCACUCUGUUGCUGUCGUCGCGGAUUGGCUGAAUGAUAAUGGGACUGUGGCUUUCCUCGAAGAACUGAACGAGAUGCUAUUGGAGUCCCAUCAGCAGCCAAUCCGCUGGGUGCGCUAUAACAACACCACCGAGCUGAACGACGCCUACCACAGCGACGCCAAGAACUUCCCCAUCGCCAUCAUAUUCCAUACGGAUCCUACAAGCUUCGGGGAACCACUUAGAUACACAAUCCGCACAAAUCCGUCAAACUUCGGGACCCCCUCAACUCGAACCCUCUACACAUCCGACGCGUUCUGCCGCGAGGCUCCUCCGAAAGGUGACUGGUCGUCAGACUGGUCGCGCGGAGGACAGCUGAUACCGCUGUCGGAGAUGCACAGCGAGGAUACGUGUCCUGUGCUGCAGUAUUACUAUUCUGGGUUCUUGGCGCUGCAGACUUUGAUAGAUUUUACGAAGAUUAAGCUGGACACCGGCACACCCUUCCCCCCACCUCGAGUGGACCUAACCCAGUUCCCAAAACGCCAGCACACCGGCGACUGGCUGGUCAUCUUUCGCGUCAUCAUGCCCAUGUACAUGGUGAUGACCCUCAGCCAAUUCAUCACGUAUCUGCUCAUGUUUGUAGUGGGCGAGAAGGAAAAGAAGAUCAGGGAGGGGAUGAGGAUUAUGGGGCUGAAGGAUUCUGUUUACUGGGCAUCAUGGUUCCUGAUCUACGCAGUCUUCGUAACAAUUCUAUCAGUCUUCAGCACUGUUCUACUGUUUGCUUUAAAGGUGUUCCAACAUUCGUCGUACAUCCUAAUCUUCCUUCUGAUGCUGCUGUUCGGAUUCACGAUAAUCACCUUUGCAUUCAUGCUCACACCAUUCUUCGAUAAGGCUAGGACGGCCGGUAUCCUAGGCAGCUUCGCAGUGAACCUGAUGAGCGGCCUCUACUUCAUCCAAGUGUUUGUGCAAAACGCCGACUCACUUGCCUUCUGGUUCGUCUCUCUCAUCAGCUCCAGUGCAUACGCGCUUGCUAUGGAUAAGGCCUUAGUACUAGACAUGCAAGGGCAGGGCGUGACGUGGGAUAGUCUUUGGAGCGGACCUGGAGUGCCAUUCGGCGGCAGCCUUAUCAUGAUGGCGGUGGACACAGUGCUUUACGCCCUCAUAGCUUAUUGGCUUGAUGCUGUGAUGCCCAGUGAAUACGGUAUAAAACAAAAACCUUGGUUUUGCCUGUUACCCUCCUACUGGGUUGGCAGUCGACGUGGGCGAGUGUCGGCCGUGCACUUCCACUCUAACGGCGACACGCAACAUAAUAAGGAUAUUGAGCCAGUGCCUAGAGAACUCCAAGACAAAGAAGCCAUCCGCAUCGUUGGCCUCCAGAAGUCCUUCCGUCACUGCCGCAGACCAGAGGUCAAGGCCAUCGACAACAUAGAGUUGAGCAUCUAUGAGGGACAGAUCACGGCGGUGCUGGGACAUAAUGGGGCGGGGAAAUCUACGCUGUUUAACAUACUGACUGGGUUGACCGCUCCCACGGCUGGGACGGCGUAUGUGUAUGGAUUGGAUGUUAGGGACCCCAACGACAUGCACGAGAUCCGGCAGAUGAUCGGCGUGUGUCCGCAGCAGGAUGUCCUGUUUGAUCUGCUGACUGUACGGGAACAUCUCCAAUUUUUCGCUGCCGUUAAGGGUAUACCGCGCAAGCGUCAGAACGAGGAGAUCAGCAAAGCAAUGAGUGACGUCGGUCUCAAAGACCAGGCCAACGUGUUCUCCAAACAUCUCUCUGGGGGACAGAAGAGGAAGCUUAGCAUCGCUAUAGCUUGCAUAGGCGAUCCCAAGAUAAUAAUCCUGGAUGAACCAACGGCAGGCGUGGAUCCCGUGUCUCGCAGACAAACAUGGCGGAUCCUGCAGCGGGCCAAAAAGGGGAAGGUUCUUCUCUUGACCACGCACUUUAUGGACGAGGCGGACAUAUUGGGGGAUCGGAAGGCGGUCAUUAGUAAAGGCAGGGUGAGAUGUGCUGGCACAUCAUUAUUCCUGAAGAAUAAAUUCGGUAUUGGAUACCACCUCACUUUAGUAUUAGAUGGAGCGUGCCGUGAGCACCAAAUAACGCGGCUGGUCCGCGGACACGUGCCCCGAGCUGAAAAAGCACGCAGACACGGACGGGAGCUGUCCUACAUCCUUCCCCAUUAUGCCGUUCAUCUAUUUCCACCUCUUUUCCUCGCUAUCGAGCAGGAGAUACGGGAGAAGACUAAUAGAUUAGGAGUAACAAGUUACGGCGUCUCAAUGACAACUCUAGAAGAGGUGUUCCUGAGCUUGGAAGGUGAGAACGCCGAAGAGAUUGAGGCGGUGGAAGGAGUGUCGUCAGUGAAGCUGGUCAGAGCUCGCGCGCUGUCCAGAAGCCUGUCGUUGCAGAGCAAGACAUUGAGCUAUCAGGAGCUGAACGACAAGGACAACCAGAAGGCGACGUCACUACCCACAACUGCGUCGCAUGCGUUACACUCAACCACGCAUGGCGUGGAACAUGUCAAGGUGACUCCUGAAGCCCCAAUCUCAGUGGAUACACUGGGUGACGUGGUGAAGACCAACCCCUCUUGCUGGCGAACUUUCUGCGCAUUAGUGUACAUCCGAACCGUACGGAUGAUCCGUGAUCCGUACAAGCUUUAUGUCAUGAUCUUCAUGCCUAUUAUAUCUUGCGCUCUCGGUCUCUACAUCAAAUCGAAACAGAUAGUAUUCUUCAGAAUGCAGCCACUAAAAUUGGAUCCUUAUGCGUACCAAAAUAAGACUCCAAUUGCAUUGUUCAGCGAGCAAAACAACACCAGAGACCUCCUUGAUUUGAGGAGUUCAUUGGAAGUUUUAGGAGCUACGCCGAUUGGAGGCUACGAUGGCGACUUCUCAAGCCUGCUAAAAAUGGAGAACAUCGGAGCUUUCAGCGUGAGAGACAGCGUGAUUCCGUAUGGGAAAAUAAUGACAUACUACAAUACCACCCUCACUCACGGCCUGCCAAUAAUUAUUAAUCUGCUCGACAAUAGUAUAUUUAGAAUCCUAAUGCACACAUCGGGCCAGCCAGAAAACUUCAGGCCAAUCGAAGUAUUCGCUCACCCGUUCCAACAGACAGAGCAGCCAGAAGAAUUUAACCUGGGCAAUCUGGUCUGCGCCAUCUUCAUGGGCAUGAUCUUCGCAUUGGUUCCUGUCACGUUGGCGGUGGACAUCGUGUAUGACAGAGAGAUAAAAGCCAAGAAUCAACUACGAGUGAACGGGCUGUCAAUGAGCAUGUAUUUUCUAACGUAUUUCACUAUCCUGAUCUUCAUUAUGAUUGUUACGAGCAUCGGUGUCCUGCUCUUGGUGAUCCUAAACGACAUCCCAAGCUUAACCAACGGCUCGGCCAUCACGAUGCUGUCCUUCCUGCUCGCUCUCUACGCGCCAUCGGCCAUUUUGUUCAACACAUGCCUCUCAUACGUGUUCGACAAGAUGGACUCUGCGCAGAGCAUCAUGCCGAACAUCACUACGUGGGUUGGCGUCGUGCCCUUCGUGCUCGUUGCUGUUGUUGAGAAGUUUACUAGAGGCAACGACGUGGCAUUCUGGCUGCACUUAAUAUUCAGCUUCCUGAACGUCUUGUACAUACCGUACGCCAUCAUUUACUACGUUGAUAGGGUGUACGUGACAUGCAACUUACGCGGGCUCUGCACCACGCCAGCACUGUGGAGCUACUUCACAGCGGAGAUAUGGGUGCUUAUCGUGGCCAUGGUGUUCCAUGUGCCCGUCUGCGGGGCUGCACUCUUGGCAGCUGACCGACUUAAAUCUGGUGGACGGCUCUGCAAAAAAAGAGCCAGUGAGCCUCAAGAGCCCCCCGACCCUGAAAUAGAAGCAGGGGGUGAGGCGGGGGAAGAUGAAGAUGUGAGACGGGAGCGGCGUCGGGUCGCCGCCAUCUUGCAAAACAAGGGCAAGGCGGCGCCUGCGCUGGUGGUGCAUAAUCUCCGAAAAGAGUUCAAAGUCCGCGGCACGGGCGAGGCGGCCUGCUGCGGCGCCAGCGACGUGCCGGCGCGCAAGGCCGGCGUGGCGCGCCUCAGCCUCGCCGUGGAGGGCGGGGAGGUGUUCGGGCUGCUGGGCCAUAACGGCGCUGGGAAAACUACUACUAUGAAGAUUAUCACCGCUGAGAUAAGACCGACUUGCGGCUCGGUGAUGCUGGGCGGCCAGAACGUCUGCGACAACACAGCGUCAGCCUUCCAGGUGCUCGGCUACUGUCCACAGCAUGACGCUCUGUGGAAGAACGUCACCAUACGCGAGCAUAUCGAGUGCUACGCGGCCAUCAGAGGUGUCAGCAAGUCUGAUAUACCCAAGAUAGUAGACGCAUACCUAAACGGUCUGCAAAUAAUGGAGCACGCACACAAGAACGCCGAAGAAUGCUCGGGCGGCACGCGGCGGAAGUUGUCAUUUGCGUUGGCUAUGGUCGGGGGGCCGAGAGUGGUAUUGCUGGAUGAACCUAGCACAGGCAUGGACCCUAGGUCCAAGCGGUUCCUCUGGAACACCAUCCUGGCCAGCUUCCAGGGUAAAAAAGGUGCUAUUCUCACAACACAUUCCAUGGAAGAGGCUGAUGCUUUAUGUUCUAGAGUUGGGAUAAUGGUUAAAGGUGGCCUUAGGUGUAUUGGUUCAACGCAACACCUGAAGAAUUUGUAUGGGGCUGGUUACACGUUAGAAAUGAAGAUUGGACAGCCGUAUCAGAAAUCGGUGCUAGAGUCAGAGUCGUUGUCACCUUCACCGCUGAGGUCGACAGAGAAUUCUCCGUCAUUAGGAGAAGCCGAUGAAGGUAACUCGCGCACGGCGUCGAUGUGCGCGGAGGGAGCGGAAGCGGAGACGGAAGCGGAAACCGUGGACGUCAGUAUACACACGCCAUUGGUGGCUGGCACGCCAAUGCGACACCAGACACACCAGAGGAUGGAAUCCUCAGGCGGUGUGAGCGCUGAAGCCUGCGUAUCUCUCGUCAACCAGCUGUUCCCGGCAGCAGUUCUGGAAGAAAACUUCGCGGAUCGUCUCGUGUUCUCCGUACCGCAAUCUUCGGUCUCUAGUUUAGCUCGCUGCUUCCAACAAAUUGAAGAAGCGAAAGAAAAACUGAACAUCAUAGAGUACAGCUUCAGUCAAACGACGCUCGAGCAGGUGUUCCUCAAGUUCGCGCAGUCGGAGAGCCACGACAGAGAUUCAGACCAAAAAGCGGAUUAGGGCUAGUUAUUCCGAAACGCAGCUGGUAACACUGAGAUUCAGACCAAGAGGCGGAUUAGAGCUAGUUAUUCCGAAACGCAGCUGGUAACACGGAGAUUCAGACCAAGAGGCGGAUUAGAGCUAGUUAUUCCGAAACGCAGCUGGCAACACUGACAUAAAUUCUCCUUAAGGUUAAUUAAAAAUAAAGACUUGGCUUAAAGGUCUAGUAACCAGGCCAUAAAAUCGAAAAAAAAAAUCCUUAAGGUUAACUUAUAGGUAUUGCAAAUUGCAACCAGGCAACAUUUUUUUUAUACGUAGGUAUACAAAUAAAAGUUUAUCGGUCAUUCGGCGAAUGAAAUAGGUACCGUUGAAAUAAUAAAUUAUGAUUUUUGUAUCAUUUGUUGAAUGACAAAGCUACGUAGUUUUAUUUGCUAAGAUUGUUUUAAAUGACGAAAACUUUUGUUGCCUGGCAAGACCAAAGAGGGAAAGUUUUACAAGUGUAUCAAAUACGCACGUUUUUAACUUCAAUCCGUUAAUCUUGUCUGAAUUUUCUUGUUUCGUCAAUAGAAUUAGGGCACCCGCGACGAAACACAUUACAUGAAAAUUAUAUUAAUUUGAAGGAUUGGCCAGUCAGUUAAAAAGGUCCUGCUUAUAAUACAACAGGGAAAAAUAAACAAAGGAGGUUAAAUAAUUACUAUUCAUAGUGGGAAUCCCAGUGAUCCCGUUAUUUUACUUAGAUCGUGUAAUGAACCUUAGAACAAUACGAGUUCUUAUAGUCUGGCCCUUUCACUGAACAAGAGCUAAAUAAAAAAAAAAAAAUCUACAUUCAACAUGCCGCGCUUUUUUUUGCGAACGCGAGUCUGGACCGGCUGUCGCAGAGUGUGGAGCGCGCUUUAGGUUGAAUACAAUUUGUUUAUUCUAAAUUAGUGUUGCCAGUUGUUUAAGUCGGUUGGUGUUAAAAUAUGGAUAAAAUAUUAGUCUAAGAGCGAUGGUGAGCGAUGUUAAAGCUUUAUUUUAUUUGUAAGCUGUUUGUGGCUGACUAUCCUUAAGGAAAUCGUAAUAUUUAUGUGAUAUUAUCCGUGAAAGUAUUCAUAAGGUUCGUUUAGUAGGAUUUAGUUUUUUUUAUAAAUCUUCUAAAUAGGUGACACAAAUGACAAUUUUGUUUACGCUUUAAAAGGUAGAAAUAAGUCAAAUAAGUCGAGUCCAAGUUAUUGAGCUUUUGGAGCACGAGUCACUGACAGUGUCAAAACUUACAUAUACGCUAACGUAAUUACGUAAUUUACUUUCUAUACAUCUCGCUCGCACUAGUAUACGAGUACGAGCGAGAUGAAUAGAAAGUAAGUAAAGUAAGUUACGUUCUCGAUAGCGUUUAUGUCAGUGCCAAACUGGUGGUAGCCACACUUUAUGAUAAAAAAUGCUUCACAUAUUUUUUGAUGUUAUUAUUUUUGUGUUUUUUUAGGCUUUUUGUAAGUGUUUCCAUUUGAUGAGAGAAUAUUGUAUCUAGUCGUGUUAGUAAUAUCUAGGUCGGGGUGACGUGAUUUUUUUAUAAUUUAAUACUUUGAGUAGCCAGUUUUAUACAUACUAAAGUAGACUUGUUACAUUAUGUUUGUUUUAUGUGACUUUUAGAAAAGUUAUUACCAAUUUAAAUGUUAUAGAUAAUCUGCUUUUUUUAAUAAGGAGUAAUAGGUAUAUAAUAUACCUAUCGAAAUUCCUUUUUUCUAAGCCUCGUAAUUACAAUAUAUAGUCUAGGUCCUACUAAGUCACAUACAACAGAUAUAGUGUAUGUAAAUACGUAUAAAAGUAUAUCACCAGUACUUACGGUCUAACAGUGCCUAUGACCACUUUCGUCAGUCCCAAACAUAUACAGUAUAACAAAAAUAAUGGUGAUCCGUUUAAGGGCGUAAUCGGUAUAGUGUCCAGAAUCUUGACACUGUACCUAGUCAUAGUCAUGUAAGUCAUAAGUAAUUUAUUUGCGAAAGAUAGGGUAUAGGUACAUAGGAUGUUACAGUUCACAGUAAGUGAGCCAAGCUACCUUGUCACACAGUGACAUGCAAAUUUCAAGUUUUAUGCCCAAUACUAAACAUGCACUUAUUUAGAUAAUGUCUAAACUUAAUUUAUAUUUGGACUCCAGAUAGGCAAAAAAAAAUUUGGGCGCGGAAAAAACUUUUUUUACCUAUAGGCCGGUCGUCCAAGUCAGCUAACCCUCCAUACAAAGGUAAACCGUUUUUCGCGUGAUAUAUUUUUUCUUCUACUUUUUCCUAAUCAGAACAGAUUAUGCCCUUAAUUUGAUUACCAUUAUUUUAGUUAUAACUAUAACCUGUAUAAACAACUUGUUGUUUGUAUAUUUUAGCGCUAAAUUUAUAUGUAGUUGAAAUAAAUGUUCACCAGUACAUUUUAAUAAUUACAUGUUUAAUUUAUGUGAUGUUUGCUAGUCAGGAAUUUUGUAUAUAGCUUAUGUACAUAAUUCCGAUGUCUCUGAGAAUACAUAGUUUUUACAAAUUUGGGUAUAUCGGAUAUUACCUAAACAACGUUUUUAUUUUUUAGACAUUCUAAAAAAACCACACUCAUAUAUUAAUUUGGCAUGCUGCGAUAUAGGUAGAUUAACUUGUAACUUGUAGAAAUCUAUGUUUCUUUUGAGACGAAAUUCUUUCUUAAAUAAAAUUUGUGUUAACACAGAUAUAUCAUGUAUAUUUCUAAUGUUGAAAUUGUCGUAUAAUCCAUAUGUACGUUAAACAUAAAUCUAUUCCAAGGAUUAUAAAGGAAUGACUGGGAUGUAAAUUAGGUAUGGGUUAUAUACCUAUAUACAGGGUGCUUUUCAACCCUUAGACCCUUAUUUUGUCCUAUAUAUAUACAUUAUGGAAACAACCCAAACAAAAUUAACUGUUUCAUAGAUUUUGGCUAAUCAAAAUCGAUGUUUUGUAUGGGAGCCAAAUUAUUUUUCGCGAUUUCGAAGUUGGUCCCAUAGUAAAGUUUCUAAGUAUACUCAAUAGUCAGACUAAGCUAACUCUGCAUGACAUGUGCACAAAAAACAAGUUGUGGUAAAGUCACUAUUAUCUCAAUGGGUAAAGUCAUCGUUAAUGCCAAAUUACUAUGUUUUUUUAAACAAUUAUGGCCUGGAUGCGAGUCCUUUAAACCACAAAUUACUAUGAAAUUAUGACGUCUUUAAUGACACUUCCUCACAUUGCUCUUAUUAAGUCGAUGCAAAGACUGCAAAGUUAGCUUAGACGGACUACACAAAAUUUGGGUUUGGGUUGAAAAAACACUCCGUAAGAAUCGGACACCAAAACACCUAAAAGUGCUUUUAGCAAGGGGAUCAUUGCUAGCGUAUUUAAAAAAAUAUUUUUUUUUACUUACCGGCGCUUAGUGUUGCCAUAGUCGAAAAUAAUCCGCCUCAGAUUAGGCGCCAAAUAUGGGAAAUGUAAUGUCGUGUGAUUCUUUGAUAUUAAUACACUGAUGCGGAUCGAUUUAAGUUAUUAUUUGAGCGUUUGUUGUGAGAACAUUCGGGCACACAUUUUUUAAGAAGUGGCAGUAGAUUUUGGUUUAGUUUGCUAUUUACUGGCAGGAAGUACAUGAGUUUUAAAUGUAAACAGCCAUUUCGACAAAAUUGUAUGCCUUUCGAAUUUACUACUUACCUAAAAAAAUCCGCUAAUGUUUAAUUAAUUUAAAUAUUAUAAGUUAACAAUGUUUAUCUUUGAUUUAAUAUUAGUAGCAGCCUUAACGAUAACGUUAUUAUCUUAUCUAUGUCGUACACAUCCUAAAUUUCGCAGAAAUAAUUUAUGACUAUUGACUAAAACAUGGGAAUAAUAUUAACAAAAUAUGGUGUUGCUGUCUUAUUAUAUUUUCAAUAUCAUUAUUGCUAUAGUCUGACACACUACUUUUUCAGUACAAAAAGACGCGAAAUUCCAGUUUUCUGUGGGAUGAUCUCUUUGCGCCUACAUUUUUUUUAAAUUUGCCGCUCUUUUCUACUAAAUACCUUGACAGACUUCACAAUAAGAAUAAUCACGCAAAUCUUAACGCAAAUGGCGAUGCUAUCGUUUAAAAAAACAUGCCAUGCGUUAUUCCACAUCGAAAGAACCAUAAACCAUAGAACACAGAUUUUAUUGGCAUUCUGACAGUUGUUGUUGCAUUUUCGUCAAUAGAAAAUGGCGGCAAAUUUGAAAAAUGGAGGCGCGAAGGGUUGUCCUUGCGAAGAAAAUUUGAAUUUCGCGCCUUUUUCUGCUGACAAAGUGGGUCUGCCAGAGUAUAUAAUCUCUGGGUAUUUAACCUGUCACACAUCGUCACAAUUUCCCAUAUAUCAGUUUCAAUAACGAAACAUUGGCGAUAAUUUCUAUACUUAUCGAAAAAUUCGACUUCAUGUAUAGUAAAGACGUUAACAAUAACACUUUGCGAAUGUAUUUUUAAAGAACAAUAAGUAUGAAUGAAUAAUCAAGAUCAACAUUUUUUAAAUAAUUUAGACAAAUAACUUAGCAAAAUAUGUCUAAAAAAAUUUAUGUAACUUAACUUAGUCUACUAGUACCUAAACUAAACAAAAGCAUACAACUUUGGUCUCCGAGAAUUAGAUAUUAUUUAAUGUAAAUUCUUCAGAUAAGCCAUUUAAGAAGACUUUGCAAAACUGAGGAGUAUCGGGUGAUUCCGAGAGGUUUUGAGUUAGUUCAGAGAUGGUUCAGAGUAAUGUGCGUCAUUCGACUCGAAAGUCGAAAGUUAUAACUUUUUUCAAGUGAAUCUGGCAAACUGCUUGGAAAUGGCUUGCCAAGCUAUAGUUCUAGCUAGAAUGUUGCCAUUGUAUAUUUUAAUAGGUAACGCGUAGAUUAAGAUUUUUGAAACUCCACAAUUGGGGUAUUUGGGGUAUUCAAGGAUCUCAAGGGUCCGCGUCCCGAGUGGCUCCUCCGAUGUUAGUUAUGUCCACGAUGAUGGUGACCGUUUUCCAGCAGGCGGCUCGUCUGCUUGUUUGUUGACUAUUUAAAAAAACUUUAUUUUGACUACCUAAUUCAAUUACUACUAUAGUUUGGCAAGUCAAAUCCGUGAGUAGAGAAAGGCGGGAAAUUAAAAAAAUUUAGGCGCGAAUGGUUGUCCUUCCAUAGAGAAUUUGAAUUUCGUGCCCUUUUCUGCUGACAAACUGGGCUUGCCAGAGUAGAUGUGUUUGUACAAAAAAAAUCGAAAUGCAAUCUCAAAAACAAAGUAUUUUAUAAAUCACAUCGUAAUUAUUUGAAAUGGCUUUUCUGUUGAUUUACUUUCUGAAACGUGGAAAAGGAAAUGUAAGAUCGUUAUAGUUGAUAAGUAUAUAAAGUGCUUGACAAAAAAGUUAAGGUUUUUAUGCUUGUUUCACUCUGUUGAUAAUUUUAAACCGACGAUCUAGUUCUAAAAAACAUACAGUCCGACAAGAAAUUGUAGAUUUAAAAAGUGGCAAUACUGUAGUGUCGUCCCGUUUUCUUAGAUUGAUUUGAAAGGGACAACACUACAGUGUUGCCACUUUUUAAUUACUACAAUUUCUUGUCAGACUAAAAUACUGAUACCUUUUGUUAGUGAAAUAACAGACAUAUGGGAUUUAAAGAGAGAUGGUAAUAUUUAACCAUAUAACUUUCUUAGUUAAACCUCCUGAGACCCAGAAGCAGUUGUUUUUGAAAUUGGAACGCUUUUUUUACCCUAAAAAAGUUCAGAAUAGACUGUGGAAUGCGUACAAAAAUUUGUACGCGGGGUCUUAGGAGGCUAAGAUAGAUUCUCUUGCAGAACUACAAAAAAGACCGCGAGUAUGUACUAGGCAAUUCGCGUCGAAAUCUGAUACCUACUUCAGAAUUAAAAUUAAAAUAAAGAAUGACUGCAUUGCGCAUUGUGACUUUUUGGUAUAAAAACUAGAUCGUCGAAAUGAAAUUAGGCUUUGCAUUCGACGUGGUCGCAACGUGUACGGGAGCAAUUUUUAAAGACAAUUGGGGUUUUGUAUACUUGGAUAAUUAGUAACAUUUUAAAUAAAAAUGUAGAAGUCAGUUGACCAAACUAAGUAUUCAUAUUAUGCAACAUAGUGGCACCCGAUUUGACCUUCACUCCUCAAUUUUAGAGAUUAUAAAUUUUACUUUAAAAUAAGUAUUUUUAAAGUCAAUGUUUUUUUAUGUAAACCAAUGCUCAGAACUAUUAAUGAUUGGGAAUGGAGGCCUAUUGGGCUUCUAAAACAUAAUGUCGCGCUAAUGACUAAAAAAAAUCCUAAAAAUAGUUUAACACAUUUUUUACUGAAUGAAUUAAUGAAUUUAUUUAAUCCAGAAAAUAUUACCAUAUGAGGUUAUGAGGUUAAAACAUUUAAAACUAAUUAUAUAUUAAAUUUGAUUAAAUUAAAUUAAGACGAAAUAUGACGUACCUAAAAUAAGGGGAUUAACUUUUAUUGUCCUAUAUACAAAUUCCAAUUGUCUUUAAUAUUGAUUUGUUAUCACUUUUUACUAUUUACAGAAUGUCAAUGAUGUGUUUAAAUUUGUAGUUGGACGUAAAUUUUCGCUAAAUUUAAGCAAAACUAUGGCGUUCCAUGCCUAGGGUCUUAAGGACCCUUCACUAUGGAAAGCCACAAAUGUUAUCUAAAAUUUGUAACGGUAAAAGAAUUUGAAAAUCACUCGGUCCAGAUAUAAAUUAGUUUCACAUUUCUUGCUUCAUAAUACGAUAUAGGACAUUGACAGCAACUUUGUGUUACUCUAAGAACAAAUUAAAUUAUUUUCUAUGAAAAUAUUUUAAUUUGUGUUUUUUCAAGUAGACAAUGUAUAGGUAGAUGUUAACAUGUAAAGUUUUUCACAGUCAAUGGCACACUAUCUAAAAUUAAGAAGGGCUAACGCAAAUGCCUAAUUUUCAUUAUUUUCAGUCGUAUAUCGUUACUCUGCAUGCCAUUACCAUAUAUAGCAGUAUAAUUUUAAUACUUAUAAAAUAUUUUUUAUAUUACGGCAUUAGGUGUCCUAAUGCCGUGCCGAGGGAUGUAAUAAGCAGUUUUAAACUGGACUAUAUUUUCAAGAGUAAUUUUUUAUUUUUUUAUUUAUUAAAGAACAUCCACAUCAUACUUUACUUACACUGACACCAUUUUAAAAGGUAAUAAAUACUGAUAUAUAUGACAAUUAUGGAGUACAUGACAUUGAAUAAUAGCAUCAUCAUCUUCCUCGCGUUGUCCCGGCAUUUUGCCACGGCUCCAUGGGAGCCUGGGGUCCGCUUGGCAACUAAUCCCAAGAAUUGGCGUAGGCACUAGUUUUUACGAAAGCGACUGCCAUCUGACCGUCCAACCCAGGGGGGAAACUAGGCCUUGUCGGGAUUAGUCCGGUUUCCUUGUGUUUUCCUUCACCGAAAAGCGACUGGUAAAUAUCAAAUGAUAUUUCGUACAUAAGUUCCGAAAAACUCAUCGGUACGAGCCGCGGUUUGAACCCGCGACCUCCGGAUUGCGAGUCGCACGCUCUUACCGCUAGGCCACCAGCGCUCUGAAUAAUAGCAUCGCGUAGUAAUUGAGAUAUAAAUAAGUGAAAAUCCGCGCGAAGGACAUAUCUUCCGAUGUUAGUUUCGCGCGGCGCGCAUCCCUUGUAAAUUCCUGGCAUUAUGCCUCUUCUUAAGGAGGGACAUAAAAUAACUACUAUAGUUGGUCAAACCAAUUUGUCAGUCAGUAACAACCAGGAAAAUUAUACUCAUCCCUUUCUUUUGGGCGAUAGUACUAGUGUAAGACAAAGAUAGUAUGAUUCUCUCUGUCUAUGUUUGAAAUGAGACAGUCCUUUGACAUACUUUACGUGUUUAUUUACUGUUUAGGUAUUAUCGUGGGAGCUUAGUUUCAGUACUAUUUUUUAAUUGUUAUAGGUAGUUAAAUUAUGUCGUAAUAUUUUUUAAAUUUAUCAUUAUGUUAUAUCAGGUUAAAAUAUCUUAUGUAAAGUAUAUUACUAAAUUUUUUAAAAUAUCUUAUGUAAAGUAUAUUCGAGAAAGAUAUUUAAAAUGCUGUUAAUGUCCCAUCGUAUGUAUGAAAGCAAAACGCAGUUUGUACAAAUGUGCGCUUGGUUAAGUUUGAUUUGUGAAUUUUAGUCAAUUAAUUUAGUACAGAAUAAAACAACCGACACGUA